CCCCCUCAGGAAGUGACGACAGAAGUGCCCUUGACCGGUGAGGAGGGACCCGCUGUGCAUCCCUCCGCUCUCGCUGCAGAGAGAUGGCUCAGCGACUUCUGAGGAGGUUCCUGACCUCCAUAAUCUCUGGGAAGCCCUCUCAGAGUCGGUGGGCACCCGUUGCCUCCAGGGCCCUGCAGACCCCACAGUACGGUCCUGGUUACCUGACAGUAGCACCCAGCCAAGCCCGAUCUAUAUACACCACCAGAGUCUGUUCAACAACCUUUAACAUCCAGGAUGGACCUGACUUUCAAGACCGAGUUGUCAAUAGUGAGACACCAGUGGUUGUGGAUUUCCAUGCACAGUGGUGUGGUCCCUGCAAGAUCCUGGGGCCCCGGUUAGAGAAGGUGGUGGCCAAGCAGCAUGGAAAGGUGGUGAUGGCCAAAGUGGAUAUCGAUGACCACACAGACCUCGCCCUAGAGUAUGAGGUGUCAGCUGUGCCCACCGUACUGGCCAUGAAGAAUGGAGACGUGGUGGACAAGUUUGUGGGGAUCAAAGAUGAAGACCAGCUAGAGGCCUUCCUGAAGAAACUGAUUGGCUGACAAGCAGGGAAGCAUCCUGACUGCCCCUGCCUUCCAGGGCCCCGAGGUCCCCGGGGGACCCCAAUAGAACUCGCCGCCCUUUUGUGCUGGCCCCUCCCACCUCCUCCCUCUGUCUGGCCCCUGUGGGCCUGUGCUUUGGAGACCAGGCCUCCAAAAUUAGGAGUCUCAAGUGCUCCUGACCUGCUGCCCUCCAGGGUGGCCACCCGAGGAAUGGGGCUGCUGCAAAACUGGGGCAGCUGUCUUCCCAGCCACUCCAUCUGCUCCCUCUAGGGCUUGAGGCCCUGCUUCUGGGAUGCUGGGACACAGCCCAGGGCCAACCUGCAAUAGCAGCUUCGUCCUGCCUCCUUGCUCCUUUCUGAUCUGAAUCCUGGGGCCUGGCUCACCUGCCUCCUGCAUUUUUCUUUCCUGCCGCUGUUUUGUGAAAAGACAAGGAAAAAAACCCAGACAAGUGAGAGUAAUACAUGUAAUUCUCUCAUUUUUUGUAGGUCUGUAAUAAAGAACUUUAUGUGAUCCCUUCCACCUCCCGCGGUGAAGAACAGGCCCUGGGCCCACACCCAUCCCCCCAGAGACACCCCUCCCUCUUUCCUCCCAGGCACCAGGGCAGCAGACAGGUGUUGGGCUGUGGGCAUCCUGCAGACCCUUGACUCUGAAAGGCUCAAGACACUACUCCCUCACCAUUAGCUGGCCCUUUGGUUCUCUGAGGCUUCACUGUGAAAAAACUGGACCAAUAAAGCUAGGGUUUGC